AUGCAAGCACUUCGGACCAGGAUUUUGAUGAUGAAAUCUCCGAUUACUCGGUCAAUCAGCACGAACAAUGGAUGUCUUAGGGAGAUAUUCAAAAUUCAGAGUGUUGAUGAUUUCAAACAGAAAGUAGAUAUCGGUAGCAAGGAUAAGGUGGUAAUAGUUGACUUUUUCGCGACAUGGUGUGGCCCCUGUAAAAUGUUGACACCCCGCAUUGAGACAAUCAUGGGCGAAAAUGAGGGCAAAGUUAAUCUAGCUAAAGUCGACAUUGAUGAACACACGGAAAUCGCAUUGGAUUAUGAUGUAUCGUCGGUACCGGUGCUCGUAGCCAUUCGUAAUGGAAAGAUUCAAGACCGAGUUGUUGGGUUACAAGACACAGACAAACUGCGAACGUGGGUAGCCAAGCAGGUUGCUAAGUCAUGA